AUUUUUCUCGUCAUAUUCUUUUCUUUGUAACAUGCAAAUUUUAUAUUCUAUGAAGCAUCUUACAUGACCGGUGUGGUUAUUGUUUUACAAUUGUUUUGGACAUGGACAACUUCCAAGGAGAUCUAACAGACGUUGUACGAGGAAUUGGAUCAGGACACGUGUUAGCAUCUCCUGGACCACCGGAAGGUCCAUUUCCGAGCAACUUGUCUCCGCCGCCAACAUCAGAUCUCCACGUGGAUUUCCCCUCCGCCGCUACUUCUGCCAGCUGUCUAACAAAUCCCUUCGGAGACCCGUUCGUAAGCAUGACAGACCCUCUCAUCCACCUCCCGGGAAACUCCGGCUACUUAUCCGGCGCCGGAGAUAACAAAAGCAACAGCAGUUUUGCAAUGUUUCCAAAGGUUUUUGAGGAUGAUCAUAUCAAGAGUCAAUGCAGUGGCUUCCCAAGAAUCAGAAUCACGCAAAGUAACAUCAUCCACGAUGCCUCCACGUGUAAUUCUCCUGCCAUAGCCGUCUCCUCCGCCGCCGCAGCAGCUUCGCCGUGGGGGAUGAUCAACGUUGAUACCACUAACAGUCCAAGAAACUGUUUACUGGUCGAUAAUAAUAACACGUCAUCAUCCUCACAGAUUCAUCAGAUCUCUUCUUCCCCUCGGAAUCUCGGCAUAAAGAGAAGGAAGAGCCAGGCAAAGAAAGUGGUGUGCAUACCGGCUCCAGCCGCUAUGAAUAGCCGGUCCAGUGGAGAAGUUGUUCCGUCUGAUCUAUGGGCUUGGCGAAAGUACGGUCAAAAACCCAUCAAAGGUUCUCCUUAUCCAAGGGGUUACUACAGAUGUAGCAGCUCAAAAGGUUGUUCAGCUAGGAAACAAGUCGAACGUAGCCGCACUGACCCAAACAUGUUAGUCAUUACUUACACCUCCGAGCAUAACCAUCCAUGGCCUACUCAACGCAACGCUCUCGCCGGUUCCACUCGUUCCUCUUCCUCCUCCUCUUUAAACCCUUCUUCCAAAUACUCAACCGCAACUACGUCUCCCUCAUCCAGAGUUUCCCUCGACAACAAUACCAAAAACGAACCAAAUAACUCCCACUUGCCUUCCUCUUCCACUCUUCCUCCUUAUGCUGCCGCCGCAGUUAAGGAGGAGAACGUGGAAGAGCGUCAGGAAAAUAUGGAGUUCGAUUAUAAUGACAUUGAAGAUACAUAUAGACCGGAGUUGUUGCGAGAGUUUCAACAUCAGCCGGAGGAUUUCUUCGCCGAUCUCGACGAGCUUGAGGGAGAUUCUUUGACUAUGUUGCUCUCUCACAGUAGCCGCGGAGGCAACAUGGAAAACAAAACGACGAUUCCGGACGUUUUUAGUGAUUUCUUUGACGACGACGACUCCUCAAGGUCGUUAUAAACAUUCUUGUUAAUGUAUACAUAGAUAUAAAAUUAUUCAUGUAAUUCGUUUGUGUUAAAUGACGGUAUUAGCCUUAGCCAAAUUUGCCUGGAAGCCGAUGAAGGGUAACCUCGUUAAUAAUUAUUUACACUACAU